AUGCAGACAGGAAAGAAAGCAGCUGAUUCCGCCAAGGAAUCAACCACAAACAUGGCUGCAUCAGCAAAAUCAGGUAUGGACAAGACUAAGCCAAACGUCCAAGACAAAGCUGAUCAGUCGGAGGAGCAAUUAUCCGAAGCGGAACUCCGUAAGCAGCAUGCCAUGAUUCAUAACGCUGCUGAAAAGGAUGCUAAGGCGGCAGCGGCUAAAGCUGGAGUUAAGAUCGCUGGAGGUGGAACCCGAAGCGCCACCACCACAACCACCACCGGAACAGGAACUGGUUUUAAUGAUGAGAAGUGA